UCGCGCGAACUGCGAUCAUAAAAAAACUCAAGAAACGUCAAAUGAAUGAAGUGUGAUAGCGGUGAUAGAUCAAAAUAGUCGCAAAUAUGCUGCACACGAGUUUUGUAAGAAACAGUUGUAAAACAUAAUUGAAUGUUGAGCGUUGAGCAAUCUUCGAUUGAAAUGUAGAAAUUAACAUUGGCCGCCGAGACUACCAUUUGUAUAAAGUUCAGCACGAUGGCGACGCGCCGACCCCGUGUGAAAGUGGCUGCGAACCUCUCGAUUCGAAGACCCUCAAAGUCGAUAUCCGGAGAUUCUGGAAAAGAUGUAAAGCCAACAAUCACUGAACUAUCAAUUAGUUCAAACACUGCAAAUGCUACAGUUGAGAUCACUGAAAAAUCGACGGAUGAAGUCAGCAGUACUACAUGCGAUGUGAAGGUGGUAGAAGGCAAUGUUCGUGAUAAACCUGUCAAAAAAUCCGGUUGUGCGGAAAUUGCACCAAGUCCAAUAGAAGAUCAACAUACUUUCAAAUUUCCUAAACCAGUCGAGGAGACUCUUAAGAUUACAACACCCGCUCCAUUGCCACACUCUUCCUUGGAAGUCUGUACAGAAGAACCGCAUUCACCGAAGAAACUCGAUUCCAAGUUUGCUUACAUAAAUGCACUCAACAGUCCACGUAAGCGGAUCCGCACCGAAUCGAUGACUUCAAAUAAAUCAUAUUCGGAUGUCAGCUUGAAAUCUCGCAAAACAAUCAAACAGGAAGAAUCGCAAAAGGCGUCCGACGCGAAGCGAGACCUUCGUAAGCGUUUGAACAACAUCCAGAACAUUGACAAGCAGUCGCUUACUAUGUUCGAUAUGAUCUACUACAAUCCAGCCAAGAACCCUAUGAAGAAUCCGGCAUUCAGCAAAAAGGGUUCUCUGGAAAAUAUCCCCAGCGCGGUAGAUAAAGAUCGGCGAAGCGUGAGUAAAUCGCGGUCGCCUACCCCAGCUCCGAUGCUUCCACCGCUGCCACCUAAUCCACCUAAAGCCCAGAUACAGCUUACGCCACAACUGAAACUUGGACCUAAUGGGGAAAUGAUUUUGGAUGAGACCAGCUUAGUCAUUGAAAAUGAACGGGAAAAAGAAAUCCGGGACACCAUGGCUAGAACGGAAAUUGUGUACGACGACGAGUUCAGUGGGAAUUCUGGAUAUUACAGUCGGUACAAAAGAACAAGAGAUUGGCCCCCUGAUGAAACUAUUCGGUUCUAUCGAUGUCUGCAUACAAUAGGUACGGAUUUCUCGAUGAUGAUUCAACUUUUUCCAAACCGCAGCCGGAGGGAUCUUAAAUUAAAAUUCAAAAAAGAGGAACGCCUAAAUUUAAUGUUGGUCAACAAAGCGCUGCUCUAUCCGAAAGAAUUCAACAUCGAAGAGCUGAAACAGCAGUUCCAACAAGAGGACGAGGAGAUUGAGCGACAACGGGAGCAAGAACGCCAGAUGAGGCUAGAAGCGGAGGAGACUUUGAGACAACAGAAGACAGCUAAACGAUUACAACUUAAUCAAAACAAAAAUCGUAAUCCAAAAAAGCGUGUAAGUAAAGCCGCACGGGUGAUGUUGGAUGACGAAAGGCUGUCCAAAGCAGAACCUUUAAUGAAAGAAGUAAAACCCAAGCGUAGGAAAAGAAAAACGCCCAAUGAAACAAACAACUCCUCCGCAAUCCAACAGCCUAGUUCAGAAAUAUUCGCCGCGGUACCCAGUGAUGCAUUUGUAAAUCCGAUUGAUCCUACUCAAAGGUUAGACAAUCCAGACCAGAGAAAUUAUCAGGAAGUGUCGUACGACCCGCCUUACAUUCCGAAUGAGGAUUUCACUGUUUCUGAAUGUGCUAAAACUAACGGCCCGUCUUGUUCUGAAGCCACCAUAUCCCCGAGUGUGACACAAGCUGAGACUCCUCCACUUGAUAUUGAAUCCAUGGAUAUAGAAAUCGUCGAUGCGGAAUCGAGAAGUUUAUAUGAGAUCAAGUCAGAACCACAAGUGUAUCCUCUUGGAAUAUACCAAAACAACGUGUCUGAAUUGAACCCACCUAAUGUUAUAACGUUGCAGAAUUUGGAUGACCAAAGUCAAACUACGGUAGCCUAUCAGGAGCCAAUGAUGGGAAAUGUGAAUGAAAACGACAUCGAUUCCAUCGAAUCCAAAUACUAUGGCGGGUGUGAUAUGGUAUACCUUCCAAUGCCAGCGAACGCACCAAUAGCUCGCCCAGUCAAGGGUGAACUGUUCUCUCAAAACCCUCCAACGGUACGAUCACCGCCUCUGCAUUACGAUUUGUUACCUCUUUCAGCGCCUGACUCUUUGAAGAAUAGAUCACCUGGCAGAGAAAGCAGUCAGUCAACGAUUGUGAAAACAAAUGUCGAAUCUGAAAGGGUUCCUACACCGGACGUACCGGUUGAAAGACUUGAAGCAGAAGAACCGGUAGUGUCACAAGUUGUCGACGAAGAUAGUACACAAGACUCGAAAAUAAUACUCAAAGAAGAGCAAGGUCAUGUCGAACAACGGCAAGAACCUGUGGAAUCAGAGGAGCAGAAUGAAUCACAUGGGCUGGGUCCGUUGGAGGAUAUUGAUCUGAAUUCGCUGGUGCUGGUCGAAAGUCAAGAUACGACCAAUCCGGAUAGAACCAUCUUCGAAAUCUAUGUGAUAGACCAACAAACGGGCAAACUCAGCGAAAAACCGCUGGAUGUCCCCGAGGAUGUGAUUGAAAACAUACGCUCCAUCCUGGAAACUGGCGAAGAUUCAGGUUGAGCGCAGCUGUUUCUCGUGUGUGUUUAUAGUUAUUUAGCUAGGUACUCAUAGGAAAGCUAUGUCGGGAAAGUAAAUUAAUAGUAGAGCAUUUUGUAUAGGUAUUUUGGCUAGUGAAUUUCUCAAAAUACAAAUAUUAUCCUGUUGCUUGUGAGGAAAUAAACUUUUAUUUAUUUAUUCUAA